AUGGAGAGUCAACCACCGCUGCAGCCGAGCCUAGCUCCACGAUCACCGGCCAACUCCACUACCGCCAAGACCGAGCAGCCACAGGAUCUCAAGCAGGAAAUUAGUACCAUCGUCGAGCCCUACCGCCACCUUCGUGAGAAACCUCCCUUCUCGACGGCCGAGCUCAUCGUUAUCGCUGUGGUGUGCUUCAGUGGCCACCCAGCGGGCGCCACGGCCCAUGACCUCCUCCACUACAUCAUCCAUGAGUUCCGUUACUUCACCGACAAGCUGAUCGAGGCGUACACGAGCAAGGAGUUCGACCGGAUCUUCGAGGCGAUUGGUAAGCAAGAUGAGUACCUCGGCGACAUCGUGGAAGGUUUCUGGAGGGCCCUAGGAGACUACGAGGUUCCCCUCACAGUGAAUCGGUACCAGGACGGAGGCGAGCACAGUUACAGAUACACCGUAAAGCUCUCGGAGGCCCGUGUCUUCCUUCGAAACAUCCUCGAGCCGGUUCGGAAGGGAGUCUUCGACUUCAUGGAGCUUCCGUCGGAAAUCCGCAACACGAUCUGCGAGUACAUCCUCGAGCUACCAGGCAAGGACGGCUUGACCAUCGUGUAUCAGCGGAACGAGCCCUCUUACUUUUGGCGCGACUGGAAUUGCAUGUUCUUGGUCGGUAUGCGUGCGAAUGGAUCGACAGCUCGGAUCUCUCCAGGUCAUUCACCCACUACGCGGCUUGGCAAUCCCAAUGACGGCACUAUUGGAAUCUGCGCUCCGGCGAUGAAGGACCUACUCGCUAUCCUUUCGGUCUGCAAACAGAUCUACCGUGAGGUCAUGUCCAUGUUCUAUCGGCUGAACCAUGUGCGAUUCCACGGCUUGGGGGCUAUCGAGAUGUUCUUGCUCAAGGGCCCGUCCACACGCCUGCAACAUCUUACAAGUGUGGGCAUCACCCUCAACACGCCAGGAGACUUCACGACCUUCCCAGCGACAGUCCAAAAGCUCGCCUCGCUCUCUCAUCUUCGAGAGCUGACGAUCGGAAUGUACUCAGAACCUGAGUGGUUGGACAUGUUCCCUUCUGACCGCCGAAGCCUUGGCUGGAGAAUCAAGCGGAAGUUCCGAACCUUCGACGACAUUCCUGGCAUGUUGGAUCUCGCGGAGCUCGUGUCCAACCUGCAGGUGUCUCAACAUCGAGUGCAUAUCCAGGGCAACUGCGGGAACUUCAGGGCGUUCAUGGCUGCGCAGAUGGCUGUUCUGCAAGCGCAAGUGGGCGGCACGGCUACAGAGAAGCGAGCUAGAGCCAAGAAAGCCGCGGCUAAGGCAAAGAAGAAUGGCGCGUGA